AUGGUAAAAGCAGGAUUUCUUGCACCAUAUUCUGACACACCGGAAUGUGAAGACGGUAAUAAUUAUUGUUACCACAAUGAAGAAGGACAUGAUGUGCAAGAUUGCACAAAGUUUAAAGCUUUGAUUCAGCUCAUGAUGAAUAUGAAGGAGGUGAAAUUCUACAAGGAAGUCCAGGACACUCCAGAAGCUGAUAUUUUUGCUAUAGGAGAUUCAUCCGAAAGAGGAUAUGGCACAAGUUAUCCUUUGGUAAUCACCCCUAAAGUAAAACCGACAGAUAAAACACAUGUAAAGGUGGUGAAAGUGGCACCAAGACCUUUUCCUUACAAGGACAAUAAACAAGUGCCUUGGAAGCUACCAAUGGAUAUUUCCUACAUGAGAACAUGGCAGAGUGUGGUUCAAGCAUUCAAUGGUCCUGCCACUUAUAAUAUAGAGUUCCUGGUGAUGAACAUUAUGCUUUCUUACAAUUGCCUUCUGGGAAGGCCAUGGAUCCAUCAAGAUGGGGUAGUACCAUCAACAUUGCACCAGAAAGUCAAGUUUUUCAUUGACGAAACUUUGAUAAUCAUUAAUGUUGAAGAGGAUAUAGUGGCGAGUGUGAACACUAACAUCCCAUACAUACAUAUAAAUGAGGAAGCCUUAGAGUGUUAG